UGUUGUGAGGAUGAGGACCAAGAAUGUGCAGGAUGGAAUGACAUGGCUGCUUAACUCCCGGGAUGAAUCUCUAACAUUGAUCUUCGCUGCUGAUAGUGGAUUGGAUGUGUGGAUCACCAAUGCUAGAGGGGACCGGUUCAACCACUAACAUGUGACGCUUGAUCUUAGCAUUCCGCUGCGUUGAUGGUGGAAGAAGCCACCGCGGCGACGCAACAUGCCGUCGGGGGAAGCCAGGGGUGGGAUGAAUCUACAGACUUCAGCACAUGGGCUUCUGGUCAGAAAUUCGUGGUCGGCGAUCAACUCGUUUUCAAGUACACUUCACUGCACAGCGUGGUGGAAGUAGGCAGCGAAAGCGCAUACAAAAGCUGUGACAUCAGCAGCGCGUUAAAUUCUUUAAACGGCGGCAACAGCGUUGUCAAGCUAACCAAGCCCGGCACUCGUUACUUUGCUUGCGGAACGUCAGGCCAUUGUGGCCAAGGAAUGAAGGUCAAAAUCACAACAGUCGCGGCAGAUGCGUCCUCUAGUACUACUACAACUCCGGCAUCAUCAUCAUCUUCUUCCUCCUCUUCACCCACCUCAACUUCCACUUCCUCCUCUUCACCCACUUCAACUUCCGCGGCUUCCGUUUCUUACCGUGCUUCCAUGGCCACAGCGCUGCUAGUCAUUUGUUUGUCCCUCGUCUCGGUUUGAAUGGUGUAAGGUUUUGGGAUUAUUGAACUAAGUAAGAUUAUUAGGGUGGUUUUUUGUCCUUUGUUUGAUUAUUUAAAGAAAAAUAAUUAUUUCAAUCGUGGAAGGUUGUUUGUAGUGGCAGUUGGUAAAGGAAAUUAAAAGUAUUCAUUGUUUUGUCAUGACUGAGAUAUUAUUAAUAUCAUAAACAAAAGUAUUUGUUUGUUGGCCAA